UUGACGACAUUCAUAUCGUAUUUGUCGCCGAAAAAAAAUCAAGAAAUGAUUGUGGAUCGUGAUCUCCAUGGACUCAUGAUAACGCACAGCCGUUUUUGACCGUUGUACGCCGCAUGUAAUAAUACUUCGCCAUGUUUCGGGCUCAGCCCGCCUCAGCUUACCGGACCUAACGCUGUAUGCCUGAAUUUAUAUAUUCUGGCGUGGCUCGCGUAUGCAAUUUUGUCGAUUUUACUGCAAGCAACACCAUAGCCCUACCACAUCAUGGCAUCCGACGACGACUUUGAGUCGACAACAACGACUUCGAGACGGGCUUCUAGAACGAGAUCGGCUACACGGACGAGUCCAGAGUCGGCUACCACCACCAGACAGUCAGUAGAGGUAGAUCUGCCAUCCGUUUUUCCUUCCGAAAUCGCAUCUGAGCUUCCAUCCGAAUAUGCUUCCGCUACUCCAUCUGAUGUACUUUCUGGUCUGUCAACUGCUCUACCGUCCACGCUACCUUCCGGUUACCCAAAUUCUACAGACGGGAUGGUCGUGCUACCCGACGGCGCGGGUAUAACCAUCGGCGAUCGAAAAUACGAUAGCUUUUUGACAAAAGAAGCCGCAGCUUCCUAUCGCACGUUGAACUCGAGUGUCACCGGAUGCUAUGCGCAAAAUGGCGCCAUGCCAUUGCUCUUAUCGGAUCAUGCUAUGUGCAAUUUAGGAUUCCAUUGCCCAAACAGUACCGAUCUUAUGCCUCCACAGUAUUGCCCACCAAGCUUCGAAUGCCAGGCUGCAAGAUCCAUGAAAGGCUCUUGCCCGGAACAAGGCAUAUUAGAGCCUAUCGUAUGUAAGGCUGGGUAUUAUUGUCCACCUGGAGGACAGAAUCAGUAUCCGUGCAAAAAAGGGACAUUCUGUCCAGUCGGUAGUUUCGAGCCAUGGAAAUGUUCGUUUGGCGCGAUAUGCCCGGCAGAGUCAGAGCGCCAGAUAGUGACAGUACCUUUUGGGUUUAUGAUCGCGUUUGACGUCCUGUUGGGAAUCAUUGUCGCCAUAGGUUUCUUCAUCUCAGCUCGUCGUAAACGCACCAAACGAAAUUACUCCGUGGUCAAGAACGAGAAGGAUCUCGACGCAGACGACGUGGAAUUAAUCCCAACAGGCGACCGAGCAUCAGUAGCCACAUUUCAUGACCAGGAUGAACUCGACUCCAACCCCGACUUCAAAGUUUUCAUGCAUUUCGUUGCGCGAAUAAUAAAGACGAAGGAGGUUGGUCUCUCGUUCGACUUCGAAGGUUUAGAAUUCGAGCCUCAGCGUGGGAAGAAAGUUCUAAAGGGCGUCAGUGGCAGUAUCAAAAGUGGCUCCAUGUGGGCUGUAAUGGGUGGAAGCGGCGCGGGAAAAUCGACAUUCUUUAAUGUUUUAAUGGGAAAAACGAAGAACACCGGCGGUUCGAUCAAGAUCAACGGACACGCCAAGGACUUGACCAAGUACAAGAAGUUGAUUGGAUACGUGCCUCAGGAUGAUAUCGUCAUACCGGAGCUGACGGUUCGUGAGAACAUCUUGCACUCGGCACGCGUACGACUUCCGAUGACGUGGAGAGAUAAUGAAAUCCAGGAAUACGUCGACUCACUUAUAUCGUGCAUUGGACUAAGCCAUGUUCAGCACUCCCUCGUCGGUGACGCGACUCGACCAGUUGUCUCCGGUGGCCAAAGAAAGCGCGUCAGUAUCGGUAUGGAGCUCGCGGCUGCCCCCAUGUGCAUCUUCCUCGACGAACCCACAUCAGGUCUCGAUUCCACAUCCGCAUCCUCGAUCAUGCGACUGCUAAAAGCCAUCUCCAAGCUUGGCGUUACUACUAUUACCAUCAUUCACCAGCCUCGCGAGCAAAUAUACACAGGCUUUGACAACAUCAUGCUCCUUGGGAAUGGGAGCAUGAUAUACGCAGGCCCAACCACAAGCACAAGCACUUAUUUCAAUUCUCUCGGCUUCACGUUUCCCACGCGCGAAAAUCCUGCAGAUGUCAUCAUGGACAUCAUCACUGGUCAUGGUCAGCAGUAUACACACGAUCGUAACUGGGCGACGGAUUCAGUUGGAAGUCUUGUAGAUCAAUGGUCGAGUAAAGGAAUGCGAACGCAAUUUUUGGACGCAUCUACACCUCCUCGGACUGCCUCGCCCUCCAACUCUGUGAUAUCGACUCCUGAGCAAGAAGAGUUUCUCCGGCUGACCAUGAAGAAGCGUGGCGCCUCUUGGCCCGCACAGGCUUACUACUGCUGCAAACGAAGCAUAACUCAGCAAGUUCGCACCAAAGGGAGUUUUUUCUUCGAGAUUGGCAUUGGCGCGCUCGCAGGUGGCGUCAUCGGGCUUUCAGCCUCCGCUGCCAAGGGGCAACUAUUCCGUGGUCUAUACAAAGACAGCUUCAUUAUUUUGUCACCUGCCGUCGACUACCAGUCUGUUCCUCAAGUAGGCCUACUCGGUGGAAUGGCGGUUGGUCUUGCAGCUUCCGCUCCCGCUGUACGAGUGUUCGGCGAGGAGAAAAUGAUCUUCAACCGGGAGGCAGCCGCCGGUCAUAGUAUGAGCGCUUAUUAUGUCGGUAAGAUGGUUUCCGUCUUGCCUCGCCUCUUCCUUUCUAGCUUGCACUAUAGCGUCUUUAUGGGGAUUCUUGCGACGCCGAUUAUGGCCUGGACGGAUAUGUUCAUUGCGAUAUUGCUAUACUUCUUCUGCGUUUAUGGACUUGCGUCCUGCGUGGGGAUGGUGGUCAAGCGCGAAGACGGGCCAUUACUUGCUGUCAUGGCGAGUCUUAUAAUAGGCAUCCUUGGCGGCGUUGCCCCGCCAUUAAGCAAGGUAGCGACGUGGAAGCUUGAAUGGCUAUGGCGAAUGUCUCCCGGUGUUUGGUUCACGGAAGCGUUUGUCAGUCAGUGCUUGUUACCUUUGGACUACCUGUACUUCUUAAAAGCUGCAAGCGAGGCUACGGGUUUUAAGCUUGGCCAGUUCAGCUUAGACAUGGGAAUGCUUUUCGUGAUUGGAUGUGUGUAUCGUAUCAUCGCCUACGUACUGCUGAUAACGGUACAGCGAAAACGCUAAGUUGAGUGGCAAUCGCUCAACUUUACCUUGUUAUACCCUUAGACACUCUGUACUUUAAUGUAAUUUCUUAAGAGCGGAUAAUACAACAUCACGGAGUCAUAAGCUAGCAUGAUUUGACGAUAUAGAGCUAUGUGAAACGAGAUCGCAUUUGCAAGACACAAACUAGCCUGGACCUUUACUUCCGAUCUUCGUCCCGAGUAUUUACAAUCAAGCACCACCAUCUACAUGUCAACAACGAGCCAUGAACACCAUGAAAAUUCCGGUUACACUCUAGGCUCCCUCUUGCCUCUCAAUAUUGUCGCUCUGAACUCGAGGAAUGGCUCCCUCGCCGACGGGACGGAUUCGUAGUAUAGCAACCCUGCCUGCCUUUGCAUUUGAUUUGACCUCAUUCACGUUGCUCUGUUGGCGUUCCUGAUUUUCGAUAUGAUCAUGAGAGCGCACACUGUUUACUCGAGCGUACAGAUCUGGUGUCUCUUCCAGAUAUUUCACAACUUCUGCAAGUUCUGGAAGAUUUACUUGCCUCUGUUCCGGCUCAAA